UCUCCCUUGAGAGAAUUUUUUUUUUUUUUUAUAAUCUUUUCCUAGACAGCGAGACAAUAUGGCGCUCUCCUGGAAGCAUGUUGUGCCAUGGACUAACAGGUCUGAAUUUACAAGUGUUUACCACGGCUUAUACAGCAAGGACAUUUCUAAACAGAAGGAAGCCGUGGAAAAAGUUGCUGUUUGGAAGAGCAGAGCCCUGAAUAAGCUUUCUGUUGCCAUAGAAAGUACAGCUGCACUUACUGAAGCUAUGGUCCAGUACCAUGAGGUUUUGGAUGCUGGCAGUAUCAUCAGCAGUGAAAAUACUUUACGUUCUAUUUUAAGUCUGGCCUUGAUUAGGUUUGUCAACCAUGUCACAGAGAAAGGGCAAGACAAGAGUUAUGCCCAACCAGUUCAUAAAGUAGCACUGGAUUUUGGAAUACCUACAUGGAUUGUGCGGCUUCGCCAUGAUGCAACCCAUGGUUCUCUCCCCUCAUUAGAUCUUUUGGUGGCUGGCUGUAGAUGGGCACUUACUUAUCUGCAGGAAGUGUUCUGGAGUCAGCAGUUGAUAGAUACACCUGAUCCAGACAGUUCAAAAGUUGGAAAGAGGAACAGUUGCAAAGAAGGGUAGGCAAAAGUCCAAAGUCUAACAUGUCUGACAUUGCCACUUUGCUUUAUGACUACCAGAAAGCAAGUCACAAGUGCAUACAAGAUGGCACAGAAAGUGGUUCUGUAAACGAUAAGAGUGCAGUUUUAAGUCAGCUGGAUAAUCUUCUUACUGGUCCUGGGCGAAACAAUGUGCUGAUUGAAUUGAUUGAACCUGGUCAUCUUAUACCCACAGAAGAACAAUUGCUUGCAUACAAAGUGAAUCUGGAAGACACACUCAAUGCAGAACUUCCUAAAGUGCCAGACAUUUUGAUAAGCAUCUGGAAAUCAUUACUUCGAAGUGUGCAGUCCAGGCAGUUAACUAGUCUUCUGCUGCAGCAUAUCCUCAUGACCCUAGUCAGUCAGCCAGAUCAUGCUUCAUUGCACAGCAAGGCUCUUGCUGCAUGGCUGCAUUUGAUUCUGAGUUACGAGACAGCAAAUUACAAGAAAUUUGUUGGUGACCAGCAGCCAGUGGUACAGCUCUACAAAUCUUCUAUCAGCUUCAGCAAAAAACUUCUGCUCAAUACCUGUCUGCAGAUUACUAACAGCUGGACUUGCAGCUUGUUGCCUCUGAUUGGAGAUUCACGCUCAUUACCUAUUGAGAGUCGGAGUAAACUGGAAGAGUUGGACCUUAUUUACAGGGGCAAAAUUCAUGAUAUAUCAGACCCAGGAGUAGGAGAUGAUGAUGAUCAGGAAGAUACAAAUAUGGGGGCAGCCGAGGAAGUUGAGCUAAAUAAACUUACUGAAUCCAGGGUUUUCUCCUUGGCUGAUUUGGAUGGUACAGUCUCCAAAGAAGAGGGAAAUAUCUGGCAGCUUUGUAUAGAUCCUGCUGACUGGGCACAUGUUCCACUUGGGCUAAUCCCAGGACAGACCCAAUCUCUCCUGUGCUUGGACAUCGAGAAGGCAGGAUCUGAUGAAGAUGAUGAAAUGAAAGAGGAAACUGGAGAUCUAGAACAAGACAGUCCUUGUGGGCAAGAAGAAAAAGAGAGAGAGUCUGCUACCUGGAAUGAAGAAGACUGUCCGUCUUUGUUAAAUAAAAUUGGACUUGCUUAAGAAUUA